UCUCCGCCAUCGAUCAUGUGGAUUAUUUGUCUCAAGCUUUUCGCGUUCGCGUUCGUCAUCGCCAUCAGCGCCGUUGGAGCACAGGAGGCGGACCAUCCCAAUAGCCGUCUGCUGGACAACAUUCUCAGUUACGUGGAUAGAGAAGUCAGUCCGUGCGAUGACUUCUUCAGUCAUGCGUGCGGAAAGUACGCGACGAAGCACCUGACAGAUCCCUUCACGGAGAUCACUCAAAUGGUGGACCACAAGGUGAACCAGGAGCUCCUCACGCUGAUGGGGGAGCUGGAGCAGCGCUCAAGGGAACCGGGUUUCAAUAAAACAAGUGUGGAGGCAAAGGUGUGGAGCUUCUAUCGCACCUGCCGCGACGCUUCGAACGAUACGCGCAGUGCCAGGCACUACCUGGAACUCGUACCCCCAGACGAGGGCUUGACAUGGCCGCAGUACACACCCGAGGGCAGGACCUGGCCUAGUGAUCGCUUCAAAUGGCUGGAGACUCUGGCCCGCCUGCAUCGCUACGGCGAGGUGAAUAUCCUGAUGAGCGCGGUCGUCCGGGCGACUCCAAAUAACAGCAGCGAGUACAGGAUGGACCUCAGCAUGCCCAGCCUCGAGGCGAAGGAACAGCGUCUGAGGCCCUUCACGGAAACCAUGCAAGUCCUUGCUGUCUUGGGUGUGGAGCCAGCGUGCACCUUUCUGCUGACAAAGGAAAUGAAGACCUUGGAGACGGCUCUGCGAAAUCUCAUUGAGGAGGACGACGAUGAUACGGAUGGCCAAUAUAUGACAGUGUUGCAGUUGGAGCGACGGACUGGAGCCCACUGGCAGAAGUUCAUCGAGAUACUCCUGGGACAUCCCAUCAGUCCACAGUUUCAAGUGCAUGUCGAGAACUUCGGAUACUUCAAGGGGCUGGUGCAGCUGAUGGACGCAAAGGAUCGACGGGUGGUGGCCAGCUACAUGAUGACGCGCCUUAUGCUCUACCUGUGGGACGAGACAAUGGACAGCCAAGAGCCGAUCGAGUGCGUCAAGGAUGUGCGCCGCAACAUGAAUCUGGCCACGAGCCUGCUCUACAAGGAGCGGUUCCUGGGCUCCGCGGGCCUUCUGCAAAGGUACAGCGAGUCCGUUGUCCAAAUGUUUAACCAACUUCGUCUGCAGUUCCUGCGGCUCGUGAAGAGGAAUCGCCUCCGAUUGGAUCGAUCGCAGCGGAGGAUGAUCACAUGGAAAGUCCACAACUUUGUCCUGAAUAUCGGCAACAUGCCGCCGAACAGUGAGCACCGGACAUUCGUCAGCCAGCAUUAUGCGAGCCUGGGUCUAUCCUCGGCAGAUCUAGACUACGGUCGGAGCCAUCUGCAGCUGCUGGAGUUCCGGACACGUCAAUGGAUGGAACAGCUGAACCACUCCCCGCACAGGGUCAAUGACUACUUCUACAUUACCGACUCGGAAUCGGGCAUGAGCUCCAGCCCCUACUACAUGAUCCGCCAGAAUGUCAUCAUCAUUCCCUACGGAUUCCUCCAGGAGCCGGUGUUCCAUCCGGAUAGCCACGAUGUGUUCAAGUUCAGUUUGCUGGGCUUCAUCCUUGCCCACGAGCUGAUGCACGCCUUCGAUGGACACGGAGUAUUCUACGAUGGUGAGGGGAAUUUCAGUGAGAUGGGCCAAGAGAUCGGGAACUCUGCGCGAUUCGAGGCCGGUCUGGAGUGCAUUAACCGCAACGAGACGCAGUACUUGAAUGAGCGAGUGGCGGACAUUGCCGGGAUUCAUCUCGCCUAUGAUGCGUACUUCGGGGCGAUGUCCCAACAGAGCAGGAGCCAGCCUGAUUUUACUACCAUGCCCCUGAAGCGGAUCUUCUUCCUCAAUCUGGCGCAGUUUUUCUGUGGGGAUGGUGCCUCGACAAACUUCGUGGACCACGACACGGAUUCAGUGCGUCUGAAGCAGACCCUGACAAAUUUUGUGGCCUUUAAUGAAGCCUUCGAUUGUCGGGAAGAUCGCCAGGGACUGGGUUCCUCCUCGGAGAGAUGCCAGCUCUGGUGAGGAGGUGCUUAAAUAAAAAAUUGCACUAUUCUUAGGCCUCA